AUGCAUGGGACGAGUUGCUCCGCCCACACUCCUCUAGCUGUUGUUCUCCCGCUGAAGCUGCUGCUAGUGGUGCUGUUGCUGCUUCACGCCACUGCUAAUACUGCUUGGUCCGCCCAUUUCCGAAUAUUCCCACGCGAUGUUCAUCCGUCGUUGACCUACGACUCCUCGUGCCGACAUCGUUAUCGUCGUCGCCCAAACAUGCACGUCCGUUAUUUACAGCAUCAACAUCAGGGCACCGUUCAGUUGCUACUCAUGCCCCUGAGCACUGCCGCCAGCUCCAUAAAAAGCACUAAAUGGGUUGACGACAGUGACGAAUCCGAGUGCGAAGCGGUUCCACUACCGAUUCAAACGUUUUUAUGGCGUCAAACAAAUCCCUUCCUUGGAGCGAAGAUAGGGAAACUUCAUGAGGCCUCGUGCGUGACAUUCGAGAGAGUAGUUGUGCAGAAUAUCCUCCACGGGUUGUCGCCAUCGCUUUCCGACGCAAUAGCAAGUGUCAGUCGAUGGAAACUCGUACGCGCUGCACUACCACAUGUCAUUCAGUGUUGCGGGUCACUGUUGGAAGCUUCAGAUGGCAAAGGAUUAUCGUCGUCGCUCCAGAAAAUCUUGUACAUACUUCAUUGGAUGUUGUUGGACUCGGCAGCAGAGUGUGCCGAACUCUCACCAAAAGACGAUACCUGCCAGUACCGAGGCCAGGGUCUUUUCUCACUAUCUUCAAUCCAGCUUUUCGUCUAUCUCAUAACCCCUUUGGCGGAGAUGGUAUCAGAGGAAGAUAUUGCCGGGAACAUCCGACUUGAAAGUGGUUUGAAAAUUUGGCAAGCCCUUUGGCAGUACCGGCAACCAGAUGUGUGGUGCUUUACCGCGCCUGUGAAACAACGAAGAGACCAACUACCUCAGGUGACCUUCCUUCGCCGUCCAACGGCUGCCUCGAUUCCACCAAAUCAGAGCAUUUACGUAGGAGAAGAAGAGAAACCUCGAAGGCCGUCGGUGACCGUCAUUCCACCUCCAAAACCUCCAAGAACUGAUCGAGCAGUGCUUGAUGAGAAGCGACGACGAGAAAUGGAAAGACGAAAAAGAGAGGAGUCCGAGAAACAAAAACAAGGGCAACAAACGGAGCUGACACCGUUCUUACAUGAAAAAUCGGAUGCGUUACUUGUGGAAGUGCAAGAUGGAUGUCCCUCUCAAUCGACACCGACGAUGUCCAGCAUAGUACGUAGUGUGAGCGAAUACAAGACGGGUGAAACAGUGUCGGCCUGCAAUAAAAUAUCAAAAAGCAAAACUGCCAAUGCUUUCGACAUGAGUCCGACUUCUGAAUGUUCAAUGAGCAUGUUGGAGGAGGUCGAUACAGUUUUGAAUUUCACAGAGGAAAACAAUUCACUAUCUGGGGUGUUCUGUCCUAGCGACGCCCCCUUGGUCAACAUUAGCGACAUCUGCAGCGGUUUUUCUACGGAAGCUGCCGAUUCUAUAGAUUCCUCGGCGCUUUGCGAGAAUUGUCGGAAGAUUUCCCCCCGAGAUCGACCGACAUUGUGCGACUGUCAGUUCAGAGUUAACGGCAGCAUCCCGCUUCCCGCUAAUGAUACUCCUCCUGUUAUUCUAACUCGUGCUUCAACUACCGAUGACACCGUCUCUUCGUCAAGUCAACACACCGUAAUCCCUGUUCGGCCGCCACCUAAAUCUCCUGAAUCCGAAGCAGGCUUUCACGGAGCAGAAACCGCACGAGUCCAACCGACACCGGCACCGAAGAGUGCGGAUGUUGGUAGCACUGAUGACGAGAUUGAAGACUUCGGCCAGCCCGACCCGAUGAUUGCCACGAUGCUGGAUGUCGCUGUAAUCCGAGCUUUGCUUAUUACUCAUUGGCACGAACAAGGAAUUUAUUGGGCUAUGCGAUAUUUGCUUAAUCGAUUGGAGCAAAUACAGAAUCAUGUCGCUGUGCAUGGGGCGAGGAUCCGCAGCAAUUCCUUACCGUCUGGGGAGAGAAAACCAAGCAUAGCGAUUGGCUUGUCGUCGUACAGCAACACCACAUGGGAGAAUUUUCAACUAAAAAGGGAUGAAGACGACAAAUCCAAGCUGCAUGUUGUUUUUAAUGAAAAUAGGAGAAAAUCCAGCGACCAGGCUUGCCUGCCUCUGCGCGUUCACCAUUCGCGGAGAUCCAGCUUAAAUACACUCACUAGGCGCGAAAGGAAUAGAUCUGAUCCGUCGCUGAACAACUCCUGUGAGAUCCUGUCUAUUCGAGAGGACAGCGCCAGUGUGAGUAAUGCCUCAUCGAAAUCGGAAAAAGCGAAUGAGCGGCUGGCUGCGAAAUUCUAUCCAGAAGCACUUGGCAGUUCAAGCUUCAUCGAAAGGAACGGCAGAAUCAGUCUAACUGUCAUCGUACAAACGAUUAACCAGGUGAUGGACCGGAACGGUAUGGUUCGGCUGUGUGAAUUGGCCCUUAACAUAGCUGAUACUCUAUUACGAAUACCGAUCGAUCAGACAGAGAUAUUCUUCUCGCAAUUAACGAUGAUGAUCUUCAGAAUUUACCUCUCACUUGGCUGCCCUUACGGCUGUAACGAAGGCGUGAAGAGCCAGCAAGGCGACUUUCUCCGAGUUAAAGCAAAGACAUUGCUUGCACAGUUGGAGAAGUUGCAGCAAGAACGAUUUCGGUUGAUAUUCACCACCUAUGUGGAGGAAAACAACCCCCAACAGAUUCUCGACCUUAUCCACUCCAUAACCGCUUUUUGUCGUUCUGAGUUCCCACAGGAAAGCCGAAGGCAACCCGAAACUAAGGCUCCAUCAUACCGCAAUCGAUUCAACGAACGAGAGAAAGGAAUAGAAGGCCGAAUCGUCAACGCCACCCUACGAGAUUUAUCUACAAAGUUGGCAAAAAUCCAAGAUCAGCUUGUUCAACCGGAAAAUAUGAGUCUGCUUGGCGACGUUCGUAUGUUGGUGAACUUUGUUCAAGAACAACACGGAAAUCCAUUUAGAAGGGUUGGUCUCAGCGCUCUUCUGGACGCCAUCGACAAAGCGCCGAAACCAGAAAGUUGCGAAAUGCCGCGGAAGGACGAUAGUGGUAAAAGCAGUCCGGGAGGUCUUGCGCCGCCCUCAAUUCGUGGUGACCAAGCUUCCCUUAGAAGAGGAUUAUUCAAGAAGAGAGACAAGACAUCUCAUGACUCGAUGUUGAAAAGCGGAGCGGAUGACUCUGACGCCGACUCGUCGCCGUCAACACCUCGAACUGCGUCCUCCAUUGACGAUGGACUUUCUCCGCUGGUGUCCGCUGCGAUCUUGAAGAAGAAAAGCGCUCCAAAGCUUCAUUUUGCAUUCAAUCUACUAAAGUCGUCGAAAGCUGACAAUAUGGAUGAAGAGUGUUCCGACUCCGAGACCGCAGACGAAUGCAAUGAGAUGGAUGCGUUCCCAAUCAGAAAAACCACUGCUGGCAGCAUGCGCAGCAGAACCGGCAAAUUUCCAAUAGACGCUCAAGGAAAUAUCCGCCUCUAUGGGCUAAUCGUUCCGGCAUCCAAAUGGCUCAACAACAAAGGGAUCUUCGAAGGAGUACAACGGUUUGCGUUCUUGUUGGAGACCACCCGCCCUGGCACGUUUCCCGAUCCGCCACUUAUCGCUGCACUUUUGCACUUGAAGUCACCUGUCUUGGCACGAGCAGCACUACUUCUCGAAUGUUGCCAUUUCGUGUCAAGAUGUAACCGCGGACAAUGGCCAGAAUGGAUACGAAGUAGCCAUCAUAGGACUCUUAGUUUGGGCGGCCCUUUGGCUAAUCGGGGUACGCCUUCGGGCACGCGACGAAUGCAUUCUUUGCAGCGAACAGCUGGUAGAUACUUCUAUCAGUGGGCUUUGCAGAUUGGAGAGCAGCUAGCGCGCUUCAUCGAGCAAACAGAAACGAAAGAGAAAACCUUGCUAAAAAUGGAAGAUUCUUUGGAGGACUUUUUUGACGACGCACUUGUCAAUGACGACUCUGGAGAGAGAUGCCCUCCUGCGUUACAACUCAUUGCUAUGCUUCUCCUUCAAGAAAUCACCUCAUUUCUACGCGAAGCGUUUCGAACCAUUCCAAGAGCGAAAACCACUAAGGCUGCUCCUACUUCUGGAUGGGACAAAUUAUUGUCACAUCGGCGAUGGUCAAUUCUAUCCAAUACGUUCAACGCUCAACAGACGGGAUCAGUAAGCAGUGUGGUGGACGUUAACUCUUCUAUGCACUUAAAUGAACGUGAAAGACGAAUCAGUCUGUCCACAGGAGAAGAGGAUUCACCACGCGGUUCGAAAGACCCCAUAGAUGACGGAACUUCCGAUAAGAAAGCGCUUUGCAAGAACGGCUUCCUUUUUGUGGCAGCUUUCUGUGAAAGAAUGUGGCGGAAUUUGCCUGUACAUGUUCGACUCAUUUUCGCUUCACCAUAUUUGUUGCGGUGGCAACUUUCUGUGACAGAAUGUUCCGUAGCUUUGCAGUGUUGCAUGCUUGGUGCUAGCUUUACCGCAACCAUUCUGCCACUCUCGAUGGCGGUGCAAGAUGUUGAUAUCUUCUACGUGUUAUCUGCCGGUAUACCACAUCAAUCUCUGCGUAAAGAUCUUCAUUGUGGUUUACCCUAG